AUGCCGGGGGCCAGCAUGACCGCGGUGCGAGGAGCCAGCUCCCCCGGUGUGCCCCCGAAACAGAACGGACUCCCGGCGCCGAGCCCCCCGCAGCCCGGGGACAACUUUCCCCAUCCCGCACCCGAGGACCCCCCGCUGUCCUCCGCCGGAGAGCUCACCCAGACCUGGGUCCACUUCGCCAAGACCUUCGUUCUGAUCUUCCCCAUCUACGCCCUGGGCUAUUUCGAGUUCAGCUUCAGCUGGCUGCUGAUUGGACUUGUGGUGUUUUUCUGGUGGAGGAGGAACACGGGGGGGAAACUGGGGAGACUCAACCGGGCUCUGGCGUUCUUCGACCAGGAGGAGAGAGGUGUCAAGCCCAGCCUGACGACCUCUGAUCUACCACCAUGGGUGCACUUCCCAGACGUGGAGCGAGUGGAGUGGCUGAACAAGACGGUGAAACAGAUGUGGCCCUACAUCUGCCAGUUCGUGGAGAAGCUGUUCCGCGAGACCAUCGAGCCGGCGGUGAAGGAGUCCAACGCCCACCUCAGCACCUUCUGCUUCAGCAAAAUCGACAUGGGAGAAAAACCAGUGAGGGUCAACGGGGUCAAGGUUUACACCGAGAAUGUGGAUAAGCGACAGAUCAUCAUGGAUCUACAGAUAAGCUUUGUUGGCAACACGGAGAUAGAUGUGGACAUCAAACGUUACUACUGCAAAGCCGGAAUCAAGAGCAUCCAGAUCCACGGCGUGUUGAGAGUGGUGAUGGAGCCGUUGCUGGGUGACAUGCCCCUCGUCGGAGCUCUGUCUCUGUUCUUCCUCAAGAAACCACUUCUGGACAUAAACUGGACCGGCCUCAGUAAUCUACUGGAUAUUCCAGGGCUCAAUGGCCUCUCCGACAGUCUCAUUCAAGAUAUAAUCUACAGUUAUUUAGUUUUACCCAACCGUGUCACCAUCCCUCUGGUCGGGGAUGUGGAACUGGCCAAGCUGCGCUUCCCCAUGCCAAAGGGAGUCCUGAGGAUCCACUUCUUGGAGGCUCAGGAUCUGGAAGGGAAGGAUAAAUUUCUGGGAGGGCUGAUCAAGGGCAAGUCGGACCCGUACGGCAUCGUGCAGAUCGGCAACCAGCUGUUCCAGAGCAAAACCGUCAAGGAGUGCCUCCAUCCCAAGUGGAAUGAAGUUUACGAGGCACUGGUGUACGAGCACUCUGGUCAACAUCUUGAGAUCGAGCUGUUUGAUGAAGAUCCAGACAAAGACGACUUCCUGGGAAGCCUCAUGAUCGAUAUGACUGAGCUUCACAAAGAACAGAAGGUUGAUGAGUGGUUUGACCUGGAAGAAGCUCCCACGGGGAAGCUCCACUUAAAACUAGAGUGGCUGUCACUGCUCUCCACUACUGAGAAGUUGGACCAGGUGUUGCGGAGCGUGCGGGCAGACAGAAGCCUGGCCAAUGACGGGCUGUCAUCAGCACUGCUGGUGGUCUAUCUGGACUCGGCAAAGAACCUGCCAAGUGUCUUCACAGGCAGCUUAGGCUGCGGGAACUUGAGUGAGAGGAGAGCAUCUGGCCUCGUCUUUUGCGAGAGCAAUACUUCGGCGUAUAGAACAAUAUUCUCUGGGAAGAAGAGCAGCGCCGAGCCCAGUCCGUACGUCCAGUUCACCGUCGGACACAAGUCUCUGGAGAGUAAGAUCCGCUACAAGACCAAGGAGCCUCUGUGGGAAGAUUGUUUCUCGUUCCUCGUCCACAAUCCCAGGAGGCAGGAGCUGGAGGUGGAGGUUAAGGAUGACAAGCACAAAUGCACGCUGGGUAACUUGACUGUGCCUUUGAGCAGCCUCCUGGUGGAGGAGGACAUGACGCUGACUCAGUGCUUUUCUCUCAAGAACUCGGGGCCCAGCUCCACCAUCAAACUGAAAAUGGCUCUGAGGAUCCUGUCCCUUGAGAAACAGGUUUCCUCCGACCAGCCUUCCUUCGUCCAGGUGAGGAAAUCCAGCGCACCCCAGCCGCAGCCGCAGCCGCAGCCGCAGCCGACCACAGCUCCCAUCAAAAGACGCUCGGCCUCAGACUCCCCGCUGCCUCCGCCCACACCUCCCCCUCCCCACAUCAACACUUCCACCCUCACCCUGCAGCACAGGGACGGCGAGCCGUACGCCGCCAGCCCUCGUCGCAGCGUCUCCAACCUGAGCAGCUGCAUGUCCAGCUCCCAGAAGCACCUGCCUCACAAGGAGUCCACACAGAGCGUGGCCUCGGACAUCUCGCUGCCCUUCGCCACGUUGGAGCUACAGCAACGGCUUCGUCAGCUGCAGAACGGCUCGGCCGUGGGCCAGCACCCGCUGGGUGAGGUCCAGCUGACUGUUCGACACAGCUCCCAGAGGAACAAGCUGAUUGUGGUGGUGCACGCCUGCCGUAACUUGAUAGCCUUCACCAAAGACGGCUCCGAUCCCUUCAUCCGUCUCUAUCUGCUGCCGGACAAGAGCCGGACGGGCAGGAGGAAGACCAGCCCGAUGAAGAGGACCCUACACCCUGUUUACGAUCAAACGUUUGAGUUUAGUGUAUCUAUGGUGGAGCUGCACAGGAGAACUCUGGAUGUUGCGGUGAAGAACGGAGGAAGCAUCCUGUCCAAACACAAAGGGCUCUUAGGAAAGGUGUUGGUAGAUUUAAGUGGCGAGGAUAUAGCAAGAGGAUGGACGCAAUGGUAUAGUUUAAGUGAAGACGGAUCGUCAUCUCAAGGCCCAACAAGCAUUCAAGACUCUCUCCUCACAUUGUGA